AUGAAUUAGAAAAGCAAUAAGGUUUCUCCAGCUUAGAAAUCAAUAGGAUUUAGAUUUAAUUGUGCAAUAAAUUUAGAACUGCUUAAAAAAUCAACUAGAAUGGCUUUACUUAAAAUGAAAUAUUAAUUGCCUGAAUAAUCAGAUCGAAUUAAAAUGAGAAAAAGAAGCUUAAUCUUUGCAAAAAAUUAAUUAGAUUCAGAAAAGAAGCCAUCUCCAUCAAAAAGCAAAUUUUUAGAUACUAUAAAAACAAGAUGUAGUUCAAUAGCUGAUGAUAAUAAUUAAAUGCCAACAAAAUUAGUUUUCUAAAAAUACUCAAAACAAUUAGAUAAUAUUAAUUAUGGCAAUCCUAAAAUCUUUUAAUCGAUAACUUCUCAAAAAGAUUCUUGUGAGACUUUGAUUUUUCCUUUUUAAAGGUCCAUAUAUCCAUAAAGAAAAUUAGUAAGAAAAAAUAGAGCAGAAACUCAAUAUACAAUAAAUAGUUCAAUAAACUAACCUAGCCCUAAUAAUACAAAAAUUAAAGUAAAGUCACUUAUUGCAAUUUAAGAGAGAUUUGGAGCAACUGGAUGGGAAGUUGAACCAUCAGAUGAUAUUUGA